AUGAGUGAAGUGAAAGAAAUUGAUUCAACUGUGGACUCAGAACAAGGAAUAAUCCAUUCCAAAGAUGACAAAGAUAUUGUCCACGUUGUCUCAUAUAUAUCUGAAAGAUUUGAAGAAUUAGAUGAAGAUGAGAAAGAAGGGAUUGCUGGGUUAGACCACUUGAUCAAAGCAAAUCACUUAUCCGCUGAAGAGGUGGAAGCUUUGGAUAAAAAAGUUAGAUGGAAAAUUGAUUGUUAUAUUAUGCCAAUUAUCUGUAUCACCUACACGUUGCAAUUCUUGGAUAAGUUGUCCCUCAACUAUGCUUCUGCUUAUGAGCUUAUUCCGGAUUUAGGCUUGGAAGGCCAGCGGUAUUCGUGGGUUGCAGCCAUUUUCAAUUUUGGCUACCUAGCUGGUUCCAUUCCUGCGAAUUAUUUGAUCCAAAAAUUUCCAGUUGCCAAAUUCACUGCUAUUAUGAUAUUCAUAUGGGCGAUUAUAUUGCUUGGUCAUAUAGGGGCUAAAAAUUAUGGCGGUAUUUUGGUUCUAAGAUUUUUAUUGGGAGUUUUGGAAAGUUGUAUCUCGCCAUCAUGUAUGGCACUUUCAUCUGCAUUUUAUAAGAAGUCUGAACAACCCCUAAGAAUGUGUUGCUUUUUGUCAUUCAAUGGUAUUGCAACUAUGCUUGGUGCUUUAUUAUCCUGGGCUUUGGGACAUGCUCAUGAUAAGCACCUGAAAAUAUGGCAGUUAAUCUUUCUAUUAAUCGGUUUACUCAACUUGGUUUGGUCAGCAGUUUUCUUAUUGCUAUGUCCGAGUUCCCCUGUCGAUGCAUGGUUUUUAGAUGAAAAAGAAAAAUUGGUGGGUGUGGAAAGAGUUGCCAAUAACAUGAUGGGUAUCAAAAAUGCGAAAUAUAAAAAGCACCAAGUUAUCGAAGCAUUGACAGACUAUAAAACUCUCAUUUAUACCUUGAUCGGAUUGGCUUGUGGAGUUAUUAAUGGUGGUGCAAGUAACUUCCAGUCGGCCUUGAUUAAAAACUUCGGUUUUUCAUCUAAUAUGUCAACUAUUCUACAGAUGCCAACAGGUGCAAUCGAAUUUGCUGUUAUCUUUACCGCCGGUGUUAUUGCCGUGUUGAUAAAAAAUACACGUUGUUACAUUUUUAUUUUGCUCUGUAUUCCAAGUUUAUGUGGAUUGAUUGGAAUCGCUACAAUUCCAUUAGACAAAAAAUGGUCUUUAGUCGGUUGUACCUGGUUACAAUAUUUAAUUGGUGGGCCUGUUAUUUUAUCCUGGAUUUUUUUGACUGCAAAUGUUGCUGGAUCUUCAAAGAAAACCAUUUCUAAUGGCUUUUGGUUCACCUUCUACGCGGCAGGUAAUAUCAUUGGUGCAAAUAUCUUUUAUGCAAGACAAAAACCAAGAUAUAUUAGUGGUAUUAUUGGUCUUGCAUGUUGUUAUGGUGGUAUGAUUGUGCUUGGUGCAGUUUAUAGGCUUGGUCUUAUGUGGGAAAACCGUAAAAGGGAUAUAUUGUAUGGCGUCCCUACAGAAGAAGUUAAAGCCGAAGCCAUCAUUAAGGGUUUCCAAGAUUAUACCGACAAAGAAAAUACUGGUUUCAGAUAUGAGCUUUAA